AUGGCCUCUGCUCAACCGUUUGUGCUGCGCUGGGGAGUUAUCUCUACCGGCAGAAUCGCCAUGGAGUUCGUCAAGGACUGUGUUCUGGACCCCAAAACACGAGGAACCACUGAUGUCGUCCACAAAGUCGUAGCUGUCGGUUCGCGUCACGCCAAUGUGCAAAAGGCAAAGGAAUUUAUUACCGCCUACGGCAACGGUGAGCACAUCAAGGCGUAUGGCACGUACGAGGAGGUUUUUGCAGAUAAGGACGUCGACGCUAUCUAUAUCGGCACUCCGCACACACAGCACUACGAGAACGCGCUCGCAGGCCUGCUCGCGGGAAAACAUGUAUUAUGCGAGAAGGCGGCGACAUCCAACGCGGCGGAGCUCCGGCGCCUUUUGUCCGUCGCCAAGGAAAAGAACCUGUUCUUCAUGGAGGCAAUGUGGACGCGCUUUCAGCCAUUAACACUGGAGGUGAAGCGCAUCGCGGAGGAGGGAACCCUCGGUGACCCUGUCGUUCUGCAUGCCGACCUCUCACACGAUUUCGAUCUGGAGAAUAUUCCCAAGAGCCACCGGAUGCUUGACCCACGUCUCGGCGGAGGGGCACUCCUAGACUUGGGCCCAUAUCCCAUGAUCUGGACUGUGCUUGCUCUGUACGAGCACCCUUCUAACCAGAAAGCCCCGCCCACGAGCGUGAGCGCAUCCAUGGUCAAGACCCCCAUCACCGGUGUUGACAGCAGCACAAGCUGGACCGUCAACUUCACAUCCACGCUCCGGGCACAAGCGAUCCUUAGCUGCAGCAUGACGGUGCCCACUGCGCAUUUCGGCGCGACGAUCCGCUACCGCAACGGCAACAUCAUCAUCGGCACGCCGAUCUUCAAGCCGACGUCCUUCACUGUGCAGUACUUUGACAGUCCCGGCAGCGGCGUCAUCGUGCGUGAGGAGAAGCGCUCUUUCCACUACGUCGGUGGCGGCUGGCACUAUGAAGCUGAUGAAGUCGCUCGCUGCAUACGUGAUGGCAAGCUGGAGAGUGAUCUGUGGGGGCACGCGAAGAGCCUGCUGUUGAUGGACACGUUUGACGAGGUCCGUCGACAGGGAGGAUACAAGUUGCCAGACGGUGUCGAGAAAGUAUUCUGACGUACGGCAGGAAGCAAAUUGUGUAAGGCACAUUGAAGGUGUGUAAGAGUAGGCAAUGAACAUGCGUAUGA